AUGUUCGGCAGGUCACCGUUGCUGCUGGCGCUCCUCGCCCUGCUGGUCGCGCGCUCGACCAGCGCGCUCUACUUCUACCUCGAACCGGAUACGCCCAAAUGCUUCCUCGAGGAGCUGCCGAACGACACGGUCGUGGUCGGCCACUACAUGACGGAAGAGUGGGACACAACACUCCAACGCUACGUCGUCAAAGACGACAUGGGCAUCCACAUCUCGGUCCGCGAAGUCAAGGACAAUCACAUCGUAACGUCCUCCCGUGGGCCACCCGAGGGGAAGUUUGCGUUUACAUCCCAUGAAGCGGGCGAUCAUCGGAUCUGUAUGGCGGCUAAGUUCGACGGUAGGACAGCGGUCCAGGUGAGGAUGCAUCUGGAUAUCGUGAUCGGCGACGCGAAGCCGGAUAACACCCACAAGGAUAAGAGCCACGUGAACGAUCUAGCCCAGAGGGUGCGGGAUCUCAACGCAAAGCUGAGGGAUAUCAGGAAGGAACAGCAGUACCAGAGGGAACGCGAGGCCCAGUUCAGAGAUCUGUCCGAAUUGACGAACAGCAGAGCCAUGUGGUGGAGUACGCUGCAGCUGGUUACGCUGUUGGGAGCGUGCGUGUGGCAGCUCAGGCAUCUUAGAGGGUUCUUCGAGGAUAAGAAGUUGCGUUGA